UUGAUCAUUAACAGUCAAGCUGAUCGAGAAACCCACCACGGCUAUUUUUCCCUGUACAAUCCUUGUACUUGUAGUGGACUAACAGGAAGAUGGUUGAUGAUCCGAAGAGAAAGCCCCUCGUUGUUCUUGCUGUCCUCUUGCUGUUCAGCUCAGCAGAAGCAGGGAGUACAGACAGACUCUCAAGGCAUCACUGCACUGACUUCCAGACAGCAAAUUUCCUACGGGGCAGUAAACUUAAGGUCCAGUUUCUUCUGUUUACCUCCUCAAGACCCAGCUGUGGCGAGCUGAUUUUAGCUGAUGAUAGCAUCGAGAACUACAGCUUCAACAGCAGCCUGGAAACCAAGAUCAUAAUCCAUGGCUUCAGGGCUUUGGGUACCAAACCUUCCUGGAUUGAAGGGCUUGUCCAUGCCAUACUGCACACAAGCCAGGUGAACGUGAUCGCAGUAGACUGGGUUUAUGGGUCUACAGGAGCCUAUCCCUCUGCAGUGGAAAAUGUCACACAGCUGGCCCUCUCCAUCUCACAAUUCAUCAGCAGGCUCCUGGCCCUGGGAGUCUCAGGGACAUCCAUCCACAUCAUUGGGGUAAGCCUCGGUGCACAUGUCGGGGGCCUGGUGGGGCACUUCCAUGGCGGUCAGCUGGGACGGAUAACAGGCCUGGAUCCUGCAGGCCCUAAGUACACCAGAGCCAGCCCUGAGGAACGCCUGGAUCCUGGGGAUGCCCUCUUUGUGGAAGCCAUUCAUACCGAUGCUGACAAUUUUGGGAUCCGGAUUCCUGUAGGCCACAUCGAUUAUUUCGUCAAUGGAGGCAAGGAUCAGCCAGGAUGCCCCCGAUUCAUCUCUGCAGGCUAUAAGUAUCUGAUCUGUGAUCACAUGAGGGCAGUACAUCUCUAUGUCAGUGCCUUGAAACAUUCCUGUCCAAUCGUGGCGUUCCCCUGUGCGAGUCAUCAAGAUUUUUUAAAUGGUCAUUGCCUGGACUGUGUUGAUCCCUUCCUGUUCUCCUGUCCCAGAAUAGGCCUGCUGGAGCAGGCAGGUGUCAACUUGAGAAAGCUGCCCAAGGAAGUGAAAGUUUAUUUAAUGACCAGUCCCUCAGCCCCAUUCUGUGUCCAUCACAGCCUGGUUGAGUUCCACUUGCAGAAGAAAAGAAACAUAGUCACCAGCAUUGAGAUCACUUUCUGCAGCAACAGCACCAAGGACACAGCGAAGAUCACCAUACCUAGGCACCAGGAGAUGGGCAAACGCCUGCUGGCCCACAGAGUUCCCCUCUGCCAUAUAAACAGCGUGACACUGAAGUAUCUCCCCAAGAAUCAAUUCUGGAGGAAGGAUGAACCAUCCAUUGUUGGCAAGUUCUGUGUAGCCCCCCUGCCUCUCGAUAGCAACCGGACAACGUCAUGCCUGCCCUGGAACCUCACCCUCCCCGGCAACAGAGACAUCUCCUACGAGCUGCCCACUGCUUGUGCCUAGCACUGCCUUUGGAACAUGCAGGCAUACCCAAAACCGAAAAGGAGCCCUAAACCUAUUGCUGCUCUCUGCUUACAGAUGAUACUUUCGCCAUAAAAACUGGAUGGGUUAUUUACUUCCUGCAUUAGGGACAGGUUGUCAAGGAAAAGAAGCGUGCGGCAGAUCGGUGAGUACAAGUUCGACAGGUUACAGCAAGACCUCUCCGUCAAAAGACCGUAUUGGGACUUUUAUGUCAUGGGAUCUGUACCCAGCUCUGAAAGUGAGAUGCACGAGUCAUUUAAUCUCAAGGUUUGGAUCUGUAUGAAAGAAGGAGGAGAUAGUAUCACUCUUCCUACAACUGGAGUAUUGGGAUGAUUCAUUUGUGGUUUAUAUUAAAGUGUCCCGAGAUCUUCAUAUUAAA